AUGGGACUUAGCCUAGGAUGCCUAGUUACUAGACCUGCCAGUCAACCCAAUUCCAGAGAUAGUCCCAUUUCCUUUCUAGCCCAGCUCAACCUAUUCGCACAAUACACAGCCGCGGCCUACUGCACAGGCAACACCAACUCCCCUGGAGACAAAGUACUUUGCCCAAUUGGAAAUUGUCCGCUGGUGGAGGAAGCGAAUACAGAAACGCUACUCGAGAUCAAUACAUCACGUGCUGGGGAUGUCCGCGGUUUUGUUGCGCUGGACCGCACAAACAGGCUGUUGGUCAUCUCCUUUCGCGGUACGCGAUCCGUCAAGACAUGGAUAUCCAAUUUGAAGAUUUCGCAGGUAGAUAUCAGUUUUCUUUGCGAGGGUUGCGCGGUCCACACAGGAUACUGGCAAUCGUGGCGUUCAGUGGCCACAGCUGUCAUGAAUGAGCUGUUAGAUUUCGCCGGAAGAAACCCCGAUUAUAGCAUUGUCAUUACUGGUCAUAGUGCAGGGGCUGCCAUAGGCACGCUUGCCGCAAUGGAGUUGAGAAAGGCUGGCUGGUUUAUUGAUUUGUACGCGUAUGGUUCACCGAGGGUUGGGAAUCGUGCAUUCGCUGAGUUUCUUACGGGACAAGAGCAUGGCUCGUCUUUUCGUAUCACACAUUCAACUGAUAUGGUGCCUCAAUUUCCACCACGGAUACUUGGCUACAGCCAUUUCAGUCCGGAAUACUGGGUGACAACCGACAAAGGGGGUUAUUUUCGCGAACCAGAAUUCGCCGGUAUACAGGCAAUUCACUCGAAUGAAGGAGAUACUAGGCAGCCCAGCGUUCUCUUGCUAUUUUCAAGUGUUCUUGAUCACUUUUGGUAUUUCGGAUAUGUGUCUGCCUGCAUUUAG